AUGACGCUUAGGCUCUCCCCCAGACAAUUGGUAGAAUGCUCUGCCGUGCAUCCACGGUGGCAGAACAUUAGGGACAUGAUCUGCAAUUUGCACCUGCCUUCGUCUCAGGACGGCCGAGAAGCUGAGCUCCCCCCAAUCCCCAUACCUCGCGAGGAACCCAUCAGCCAUCCCAUCAGCAUCAGCCAGGUUAUUACCUCAUUCCCUCCUUAUCCGACAUUAUGCCUACCGAAGCUCAGCGACGAGUCCCUCCGUACUCUCGCCAUAGUGGAGGUCUUCAAUAGCGGGGAGAACUUUACGGCUAGAGCUUCACUAAAUGGCCAGGAAGUCUUUGUCAAAGGGUUUUCGUUGCCGGAAAAUGAGGAGAACUACGAGAACGAGAAAGCGGCAUAUACGGCUUUUCUUAGCGCGUAUACAACCUGGCCUAAGUACAUUCCCCGAUACUACGGCUCGUGUGACGUUGUCGCUGUCGCAUCCCCGGAUCGCAGUAUCCAAGAAUAUGCCAUAAUGGUGUUGGAGUUCAUCGAUGGCGCCGAUCUGACGACAGAAUCCAUCACCGAAACGCUCGCAGUCCAGACUCUAGGCGCUUUGCAUGUCGCACACACUGCCCUAGUCCUUCCUCUGGAUAUUGAGCUUCGGCACUUCAUCGUUCGCACCGACAAUGAUCAGUUGAUGAAGAAGGGGACGGUGGACAGCACGCGUGCUGGAACGAGCGAAUUCAAGUAUGACGAACUUCCUGAUGUGGACAAGGUGGUGCUAGUUGACUUUGAUCGUUCUUCCACGCACGAUGGACCUUGAGGACGAGAUGAAGGAGAUGUGGGAGAUACUCGUUCAAGCCAUGAACAAACAGUAGGCUGAGGGUAUUGCCCUAAAUGUAUGCUUCGCAGGGCUGAGAGAGUUGACUUUAUCGCGUGCAUCACCCAUCGAUAUCAAUAUCUAGCCAACAGAAGAGGCUUAUCAACCUAGACUUAUAUAGCGAGUAUAAUAGGGGAGGGCGUGAAAGGAGACAGAUCUGC